AACAAGCCGGUUUCUUGGCUUCCCAGAGAGGGUGAGGACCAUGGCAGGUCGGACCCUAGCUCUGCGAUAUGGGCCCCCUUGGUCCCCCAUUCCUGAAAAGGAGGUGGCUGGAAACUGGCCCAACUGGCAUCUCACCAGCAGCGGGGUCGCCCACCACAGGAUCCCACUGGCGUCCUUUACCCUGCCUACUCUACAGUCUCCGGUCAAGGUGCCCCUGCCUGCAGCCUUGAAGCAGGACCCACAUAUCUGGGCUUUUGACGAAGUCAUCAGCAGAUGGGAAACCACUUCAGGCUCGGCACACACUCCCAAGUCACGCCAUGGUCCCUGUGCUCAGCCCAAGGCACCAGAGCAUGAGGACCCCAGGCGGACACUAGGCAUCAAGUCUUUGGCAGAAAAGCUAAGAAGACAUGAGGGCCGGGGUGUCCCCCUGAUCACCAAAUACCAGAUCAGCGAGACGAAGGCACAGUACAAGGGCUGGCCAGAUCUGGAUCAGAGUGUCCCCCUCUUUGCAGAGCCCCAAUCCAUGGAGCUCACUGACCACCAUCGCGGGGGACCUUCUCAGGCCCUAGUCCCCUGGACGAGGAACCCCGAGUUGGCUGGCCAACCCUUCACAGUGAACAAGAUGGGUGUCCUAGAUCGGCUCCAACCCUAUCUGACCACUUCUGCACGUGACUUCACAAGGAAGUUGGCUGAAUAUCCCUACCAGAAAUCGGUGAUGGGACAGAGCUGGCCAAAGAAGGCAUCCCGCCAAGAGCUGGAAAGUCCACCGAGGAUGCGCCCAGCCCGUGUGCGCCCAUCGCAACCGGUCGUGCCAUACCUGGGAGCCCUGUCUCUGACCCGAGAGUCCUACGGACCCUUGGUGCACCCGCUCCGUAGGAUGGAUCGCUUUUGCCCAGUAGACGCACCCUGGGGCGGCCCCCACCGGAAGCCAGUGGCAGGCCUCUACAGUGUACCCAAGGCCUACUGCACUGAGAAUUCCCGCUAUGGGAGUGCCAGGGCGGAGCUGGUGUGAGCAUGUGAAGCCCACCCACCACGCAAAUGCCAGCAUUGGAUUUGUGGGCGGGCCAACCCAGACACACCCCUUACUUCAAGAAGUUUUAUAGCUGAAACCACACCCAUUUCUGGACCCAAUCCAGGCAUCCUGAUUAGGGGGCUGGACGUGAGGUGGAGCUCUACCUCUGGUUGCAUUGAAAGCAAAUUUGGAGGCCUACUUCGGAACCUAAGGUCCCUAAAGAUAUCUAAUGCUGAAGCUGUGCCCUCCCUCCUAGUUAGUUGUACACAACCACCAGAGUGGGCCUGAUUGAGGUUUACUCCAGCAUCCUGGGGGUCCAGCUAGCAGCCUGUAGAGCCCUCCCCUUUACCUUAUUUCCUGUACUUCCAAUGUCAGCUAAGCCCGGACACCUGGGCUGAGCGUGAGGCCAAUUCACUGAGACACUGGAGCUGGUCCCUGGCUUCCCUGACCUUGUGUCUCGCCCCCAAAGAGAUUAGUGUCUAGGUUACCCAAGCCUGUAGCCUCUGCUUAGUGGCCUUGCCACCCCCACAACCCGUAGGUAUAAAGUCAAGUGCCCAAGGUAGGGAAGGCAUCAAGAAUGGAGAGGCUCCAGGUAAGACUGUAGGGCCCAGGGUACUACCAAU